AUGCCCGUUAACAGGCCGAAAGUUGCUCCCGACGCAAAGGGCCCGGCUGUAAAGCCCACGGGGACUGACACGACCGUCGCUACUAAGGGCAAAACUCGGGGCGUGCGCAAUGUAGGAAAGCUGGCGCGGCUUCUCAACAUGCCUGACCAAAUAUUCUUCAUGGUGACUUCGCACUUGUCGCCAUUGGACAUGCUGAACUUGUCCCGAUCCUCGAAGAGUAUGAGAGCUAUCUUGAGCUCGAAGAAGCUUUCCAAACACGCCUGGGUCGCUGCACGCAAGAACAUCGUGCCUGCCCUGCCCGAUUGCCCCGACUUCAUCAGCGAAAUGGCGUAUGCGCACGUCCUGUUCGAGCACUCGUGCGAGGCAUGCGAUGCUCCUCGGGCUCGGCAUGCGCUCUACGAGAUUCCGAUGCGGCUCUGCAAGCAAUGUCUGGAAGCGAAUGUAGGAACAGGCACUGAGUUGAUGAAGCGGUAUAAAAUCCCCGAGCAUCGCGUCAGACUGAUUGCCCUCUUUUGCCCAUUGUACCCCCGCUCUACACCGGACGAUGUUCCUUGGACUUCCGUUGCCCCCAAACUUGACGACCGCUUCUACGAACCGGACUUCGCUGCGAUCAAGAAGCAAGCUUGGGCACUGGGGAAACCUCACGACCUAGCUGGGGCUUGGGCGUAUGGCAACGACCGACGGCAAAACGUGUUUAUCAGGAUGAAGUUCAGAGAGGCCGUAAUGAGAUGGGAGGACGAGCGAGCGAGCAGAAAUAAGGCACUUCGGAGCGCGAGAGCAGCUACUAUAGAGGCCAAGCUGGGAGAGCUUGGAGUGGACAAACGCGACAUGCCCAUACACAACGCCGAAUGGAAGAGUCUUGUGUAUCAGCCGCGCGAGUUGUCCGAGCGGAGUUGGGAAACCCUGCGUCCGGAGCUGCUAGGCCUCAUCAAGGAAUUAGGAACACCAAGGCAUAAGAAACUCAAGGAAUAUCAUGACGCAUUCAUCGGGAUGCCCAGUCUACCCAGCUGGGUACAGACCCGCGAGUUUCCGUCCAUGAAAGCCCUGAUCUCCGUGAUCACCGAUGAAGAAAGGGAGGUGUCCAAAGAGGAAUUCGCCGCCGUCGAAACAGACCUGCGCAGGGAGGUCGAGGAGUUCCAGCGGAAGAUGAGGCGCGAGAUGGUCCAACUCCUGGCGGAAGCGGGCGUUCUGCCCUCCACCGCCGGCCGGUCGACGAAAGGAAAGGAGCGGACCCGCACGAGCGACGACGAAGCGUGUGCACUGCUGGAUACCCCGGCAGCGUUCUUUGUAUGCAAUGCCAUCCGCGGUUACCGCAAGGUGGGCACUUGCUGUCGUGUGUACUCCUACGCAGGGUUGGUGGAGCACUGGCUGCAUGACCACCCGUGUGACCCCUGGGAACCGUCCUAUGUGGACGUGGCUUGGGACGAGGGGCAGCGAGAGAGCCUCGCGCGUCUUCUAUCUGCGCUAGGACUACAUGAAGGUACGCCGGUGUCCGCCGUCGAGGAGCGCGUGCGAUCGGGGCGCGCGAUGUGCUCAUGCGGCGUCGAUUGCACGCGCGGGGUUGGGUGUAAGCGACCGUACCUGUUGCUUAGCAAGAUUGUCGAACAUGUCCUCGAUCCUGAUGUCUACACUACGCACUCGACCACUCCGACGAUCACGUUUAAAGCGUUCCGCGCUGGCAAGGCCUCGCGUGUGGCAGGGGAGAAUUGA